CACGAACACACAAUGCACUGUGUGAGCAGAGGAGGCUGCUACCUGGUGAACUCCUACUGUGAUCUCCAGGAGGACAACCAGUAUAAGAAGGAGAGCUACCAAGCAUGUUGGCUGAGCCUGGUCCUUGAAACCAGACCACAAUACAAGCUGACAGUGUCAGAGACAGACAGCAUUCGCAGAGAGAGUUACAAGCAGCAGCAGGUGGUGCACUUCAUGGUUGAGAGGAGUCCCAGCCAGACACUGAGGCUGGGCAGCAACAGCGGAGCCAUGACAGGGCACCAGCUACCCUUCUUCAACACCAGCAGGGACGUUCAUCAUGAGUGCGCAGAGCAACAGCCAGCUGUACUAAGAAAGGCUGGAGUUGAUAAGCAGGAAGUGACUGCCAUAACUCGGGAACUCAGCAAGCCAGCCAGCGGGAACUUCAGAGCUUCAAGCCUGAUGUCCUCACCAAGAGAAAUCUCUCAUCGGGUGCAGAGGAGGGAGUGA